AUGGAUAUCGUUUUGUUCAAAAAAUUCGUGUUCAUUUCCUUUUCAGUUUUACUUCGUCAACUCCUAACCUCCAUAUUUUCCCCCUCCCCAUGCCUCACCUGGCAGCCUCUCCGCUUCUUUGAAAAUGAGGACGAAUCAUGUUUGAACCUUGUUGGGACCACUAGUGCUAGUCUUGAGGAUUUUGUUGAGGAGGUCGACUUCUCUCGUCUCGUCUGCAAUCCCUCAGGACGUCUGAUUUCUCCAGAUCUUCGCCUCGCUGUGGCUCUGCUUUUGGCUCGCCAGCUCGCACAGGAGGAUCCCAGGCUGACAGGAUUCACCUAUUCCGCCUGGUGGCAGGACACAUUUUCUCCUGCCGGGGUCUUGGUACGACCACGAAAUAUCGUCUUCCUGGCAAAGCAGAUGACUCUCCUCUUACCCUGGGAGACUAGGCCUACUCUCCUCUCUGCACAGGUGUCAGAACCCCCCUACCUUGUAAGUGUGCAUUGA